AUGGAGCACUACGAGAGGCUCGAGAAGAUCGGCGAGGGCGCCUCGGGCGUCGUCUACAAGGCCCGGGACCGCCGCACCGGCGCCACCGUCGCCGUCAAGCGCCUUCGCGGCGGCGGCCUCGGCGACCACGACGGCAGCCGGCUCUCCGAGGACCUCCUCCGCGAGGCGGCGUGCCUCGAGGCCUGCCGCGGCCACCCGUCCGUCGUCGAGCUGCGGGCCGCGCACCGCGACGGCGCAGGCGGCGCGUUCCUCGUGAUGGAGUACGUCGGGCCGAGCGUCGCGCAGGUCAUGCGGGAGCGCGGCCGGCCGUUUCCGGAGGCCGACGCGCGCCGGCUCAUGCGGCAGCUCCUGGACGGCGCCCGGGCGAUGCACGACCUCGGGGUGCUGCACCGCGACCUCAAGCCGGACAACGUCCUCGUCGACGCCCACGGCGACCUCAAGAUCUGCGACUUCGGGAUGUCCCGCUUCGCGGCCGGCGGUGCCGACACGGCGCCCUACACGUCGCCCGUGGUGACGCUGUGGUACCGCGCGCCGGAGCUCCUCCUUGGGUCCACGGAGUACGACGCGCGGGUGGACACGUGGGCGCUCGGGUGCAUCAUGGCCGAGCUGCUCGCCGGCGCGCCGCUGCUGCCGGGGAGGUCGGAGAUGGACCAGCUGAACAGAGUGUUCGACACGGUCGGGACGGACGACAUGACGGACUGGCCCGGGUUCUGCCGGCUCCCGCGCGCCGGCUCGCCGCUCUGCCAGCGCAGCAGGCCGCCCAGCCGGCUCAGGGAGAUGUUCCCGUCACUGUCCGCCGCGGGCUUCGACGUCCUCAGCGGGCUGCUGGCCUGCAGGCCGGACAGGAGGCUCACCGCCGCGGAGGCGCUCCGGCGGCCCUGGUUCACGGACGCCGAGUCGCCCGACGCCGACCAGCCUCGCAGCGCAUGCGGCGGGCGCUUCACGGAACGCGUCGGUGGCGUUGCUGACGCGAUCGUGGUAUAG